AUGCUGGAUCCCAUCACCAUGCAAUGGCGAUCAGCGAACUCGGCCCUCUUGGAGGGUCUCCCCUCGAUCAGCCAACAGAUCCGUCGAUCUCGUCUCGAAGACAAGAAGAGACUCGACGAAGCUAUUCAUCACUACCAGUCCGCCGAGAGCGAGAACGAACAGCUCCGUCAGAGGGUUGCCGAAGGGGAAGCGAGGACUCGUCAGAUGGUGGCCGAUGGGGAAGCGAAGGUCCAUCAGAUGGCCGCCGAGGGAAAGAGCAGGACGGACCAGCUCUUCAAAGCUCUCGGGGAGAAGGACGAGCUGCAGACCCAGUUGGCUCUAGCGUUGAAGGAGGUCAAGGAUCAUGCGGAGAAGGUGUAUAGGUUGGAAGAAGGAGGACGGAUGAGGGAGAUGGAGUUGAAGUUGGAAAACCGGGAUAGGAACCAGGAGUAUGAGCGUCAGAUUGCUCAGCUCCAAGCUGAACAUCGACGUACCCUCGAUCAAUCGACGGCUCGUUACGAGGAGACGCUUUCCACUCUUAAAAACGAUCACCUUGCCCUCACCUCUACUCUCGAGAACGAACACCUCGCCGCCAUCUCUACCCUCAAGAAAGACCACCUCGCUGCCAUCUCUACCGUACAAGACCACCUCGCUGGGAGCCGUAGCCGGAUCUCUGACCUAGAGAACGAUCACUCCGCCAGCAUCUCCACACUCAAAGCCGAUCAUCUUUCCACCAUCUCUACCCUCAAGGAAGACCACCUCGCCGCUAUCUCUACCGUACAAAGCGACCUCGCUGGGACCCGUGCCCGGAUCUCUGACUUAGAGGCGGAACUCCGGGUCACCAACGAGAAGCUCUCGAUGUCUCCUCAGGGAUCAUCAUCGGAGAACGAUCUACGUCGAGAGCUGGAGACCACCCAGAGCAGCGCGAGGAAAUACAAGGACUUGGCAAACCUUUGGAAGAGUCGGUCUGAAGAGCUGCACGCUAGGUUGAUCGGUGUAGCCGAGGGCAACGUCAGGUUGGUCGAGCGUCCGAUGGAUGGGAGAUAG